AUGGCACUUGGACCAGGUGCCACCACUGCCAUGAUAGCUGCAGACAUGCUGGCUGCUCAGCUGGGCUCCUGGCACACCUCUCCUGCUGCCGCUCCUCACCUGAAAGGAGGCUUCUGGGGUGGCCGGCUUAGCUGGAUCCCAUUACCCAAAUGGGCACUCAUCGCUGUGGCUGUGGCAGUGGCCAUUCUCCUCCUCCUGUUCCUGAUCUGCAUCAUCAAGUGCUGCUGUGGCAAGAAGAAGCCCAAGAAGAAGGAGAGAGUCAGCUUGCAUGCUGUCAGCAGCUCCACCAUGGCCAGCCUUGUCCAGCCCGAGAUGGAGGACCUGGAGCAGGUCGUGGAGCAGACAGGGCGAGGAAAGCUGCAGUACUCCCUGGAGUACAACUUCCGUGCGCAGGAGCUGAAGGUUGGUGUGAAGCAGGCAGCUGAGCUGAAGGCCAUGGACAGUGGAGGCACAUCCGAUCCAUACGUGAUUGUGUACCUAACGUCCGAUAUGAAGAAGAGGUAUGAGACCAAGGUUUACCGCAAGACCCUGAACCCUGUCUUCAAUGAGAGCUUCAUUUUCCAGGUACCCCAGGCAGAGAUGCCUGAAUCCACGCUGGUGAUGCAGAUCUAUGACUUCAACCGCUUUACCAAGCAUGACAUCAUUGGUGAGGUCCGGCUGCCCCUGGCCAGCAUCAGCCUGCAGCACGUCAUUGAGCAGUGGAGUGACCUGGGGGCAGCCAGUAAAGUGGAGGAAGAACAGCUGGGUGAGAUCUGCUUCUCACUGCGCUAUGUCCCCAGCACUGGCAAGCUGACGGUGCUCAUCCUGGAAGCCAAGAAGCUGAAGCGUAUGGAUUCUCAUGGGCUCUCAGACCCUUUUGUGAAGGUGCAUCUCAUCCUGAACAGGAAGAAAUGGAAAAAGAAGACAACUAGUGUGAAGAAAAACACCUUAAGCCCUUACUUCAAUGAGAUGUUUGUUUUUAAGGUGCCUUUCAAUCAGAUCCAGAACGUGGAUGUGGUCAUCUCCAUCUGGGAUCAUGACAAAGUGACCAAGAACGAGCCCAUCGGCAAGCUCUUCCUGGGCUGCCGAGCCACAGGCAACCAGCUGCGGCACUGGUCUGACAUGCUGUCCAACCCCCGCCGACCCCUCGCCCAGUGGCACAGCCUGCAGCCCCCCGAUGUGGUUGACAAAGCCCUGGGGCUGAAGUCCCACCUCAAGCUGCCCCUGCCCUCCAGAUAG